UAUAUUCUUUUAUGGUAUCGGUAUAUUCUUUCGAUCACGAUCAAUGGUUAGCAAGAUCAAAAAAAAGAUCUGUUGAUCCAGUAUUGCCGAAAACAGUUACUAAAUUUAAAACUGAUCAUGGAAGCGAAGUUUAUUUAGUAGGUACUGCUCAUUUUAGUAAAGCUAGUGAAGAAGAUGUCUUAAAAACCAUACAGAUUACACAACCAGAUAUAGUUUUGGUUGAAUUAUGCCCUAGUAGAUCAUUAAUCAUGCAAUUAGAUGAAAAUACUUUGCUAAAGCAAGCAAAAGAAAUUAAUUUAUCCACUCUUAAAACAUCUAUAAAGCAGUAUGGUGCUAUGCAAGGUGUUGUACAUAUAUUACUAUUAUCAAUAUCUGCUCAAAUAACAAAACAGUUAGGAAUGGCACCAGGUGGGGAGUUUAGAACUGCAUACAAAGAAGCUUUAAAAAUACCAGGAUGUAAACUUGUUUUGGGUGAUAGGCCAAUUAAUAUAACUUUAAAAAGAGCUAUUUCAUCACUUUCACUAUGGAAUAAAAUGAAAUUUGUAUGGUGCUUACUUUUUAGCAAUGAAUCAAUAAGCAAGGAAGAUGUUGAAAAGUACAAGGAAAAGGACAUGCUGGAAGAAUUUUUGGAGUCCAUGGCAGGUGAGUACCCAGAAUUAAGAUUAGUUUUCGUUGAUGAAAGAGAUACUUUUCUAGCUCAUUCUCUUAAACAGGCAGCCUCCCCUAUCAUGAUACACAAUCCCGAGGCCCCCGAUGAAUUGAUGCUGAUACCCAAAGUAGUUGUAGGUGUAGUAGGUAUGGGUCAUACGAUUGGAAUCGAAAAAAGAUGGGGAGAGAAUAUUGAUAUAGAACCUCUUUUAAGAUUACCAGCUGAAUCAUCUUCCAAACGGAUAAUAAAAAAAGUGGCUUUCACUUCUUGCAUAAUCAUCUUAUCCUAUGGGGGUUAUCGACUUGUCAAGAACACCUUUUUCUAAAAAUAAAAUUAUUAUAACACAUAUCUUAUCACAAAUAUACAUGGGAAAUUCUAUUGAUAUAUUAUUUGAAUUAUUAAUAUUUAAGUUACUAUUUAUUUAAAU